AUGGUAUUCAUUGAGCCUCACGCCGAGGUGACAUGUCUCACAGCAUAUCUCGUCGCCCCUCUCACCGACAAGGAGCUCGCAGACGUCAAAGCAGAAUUCGAAGUUGGUGCCUGCUCCCGCUUCUGCCCACUACUUGAGCUCAAGAUCAUCCAUCCACCGGCCGACUACAUCGGCAAAUCCCACCAGUACAUGCGCGCCAAAGAGAACGAAGCGGGCCAGGAAGAUGCAUUUGUCGUCAUCGACGAGGACGCUGUGAAGAGGCAUGCGGUCUGGUACGUGGACAGCUUUGCCGAUGAGGACGGGGUGGAGGCCGGAGAGGCGGAGAGCACAGACGUGGUCAUGAAGAUCCUCGUCAAGACGGAGUGCCUGGCCUUGACCCAGAUCAACUACGAGAUCGCCAAUAUUGGCAUCGACGAGGACCUUGCAAACGCCGGGGUCGAAGGGCCGCUGAAGAACGACUUCGUGCAGCUCGAGGUGAGCGACUGCGGUGGGAUGGACAUGAAGGAGCAGCAGAGGUUCCAAGACGUGGAAGUCACAGCCGAGCCAGGGGAGUUCGAGGAGACCCGGGACCGGGCACAGCUCAAGAAAUUUUCUCCGCGACCAGAUAAGGUUGGGAAGCUCAAAGACGAAGUCGCCCAGGCUGCCGGCUUGCUCGCAUCGUGGACUUGGAUUACAGAGGCGGAGCCAGUGGAGCUGCCUGACGGCUCGCAGAAGACGUUUCCAAAGGGCAGUGUGGUACUUCAGCAAAAGUAUGAUCCAGGGUUCCCUUGGCCGGAAUAUAAGUGGCCCGAGGGCUCUUUAUAG